CGUAACAGGAACAACUAUAAAGUUUUAAACUUUAGUGUUUCAUUGUCCGUCUGAUCUAUGUUCGUAUCACUCCAAGGUUGCAAAGAUGAAUUGUGUUGCAGUGUUGUGUUUUCAUCUGUUUCUGACUUGUUUCCUUAGCACUCACCCGACAAUUGCUGCCCAAUCCAACUCUGAUGAACAAAGUCUUAUAGCAAUCAAGAAUUCAAUCACCUUGGAUCCCCUGAAGGUUUUUGACACUUGGAUCCCUAGUAUUCACUUUUGCAACUGGACAGGGGUUACUUGUGAUGCAGCAGCCCAGAAAGUGGUGUCUCUUAUUCUUGAGAGCUUCCAGUUACAGGGGACUGUUUCCCCUUCAAUUGGGAAUCUCACCUUUAUAAAAGAACUCUCUCUCUAUAACAACAGCCUCAGUGGUGAAAUUCCAGAGGAAUUAGGUAGACUACAGCGUCUGCAACAACUCCGUUUAUCAAGCAAUGAACUUGAUGGCCCAAUUCCAUUGAACCUCACUGCUUGCCGGGAUUUAGUACGAUUGGCUGUAUCGUAUAAUCAUUUGACAGGAAGUACUCCACCACAGCUGUGUCGCCUCAAAAAACUCCAAGUUCUUAAGUUGGGAUCCAAUAAAUUCACAGGUACCAUUCCUUCAUCUUUAGCAAAUCUUUCUUCUCUAAAUACUCUGUUUCUGGAAACUAACAAUCUUCAGGGACAAAUUCCUCCCGAAUUAGGACAGCUCAAUGAAUUGCAAUCGCUCUAUUUAUUUGAAAAUCAUUUAACAGGCCCUGUUCCAUUUUCUCUGUCAAACAUAUCUGUCCUUAGUGAGUUAGAUCUUGACAGCAAUAACUUAAGUGGUGAGAUCCCUCCCGAGUUAGGGAAUUUAGCCCAGUUGCAAACUCUCUAUUUAUGGGGCAAUAAUCUCAAAGGCAAUAUUCCAAUCUCACUUUCUAAUUGUUCCCAAAUGGUUCAGCUGGAUUUAGAGUUAAAUCACCUGACAGGGGUUGUGCCAUUGGGGUUCAGCAAGCUAUCCGCCCUUGAAUAUCUGAGUUUAUCUUCUAAUGAGCUUGUCAGUGGCAGUUCUAUCACAAUCCCGAUUCUCUCAGCUCUGUCAAAUUGCAGCCAAUUGAAUGAAUUACUUUUCCAUGACAAUAAUUUGAGAGGGCGCAUACCAGAACAACUUCCCACAAAUCUGUCUGUGCUUUUGCUAAAUGGGAAUAAUAUAACUGGAAUCAUACCUUCACAAAUUGCCAAUCUAACCAAUUUGACUGAGCUUGAUCUUUCUUCGAAUCUGUUUACGGGUAAGAUCCCAGCCUUGUUGAGUGAUCUUCAGAAGUUGCAAAGAUUACGGCUGGAUAACAACAAGCUGGAUGGAAGCAUACCUAGCGAGAUUGGUAAAAUUGAAAAUCUUGGGGAGUUAUCUCUGAGCAAUAACAGGCUUUCUGGAGACAUCCCUCUCACAAUUGCCCUACUUCAACAACUCAGACGCCUUAUGCUUCAUCACAACCAACUGUCGGGGAGCAUACCAGCUAGUUUGGGGAAAUGCUACAAUUUGGAGCUAGUGGACCUUUCCCACAAUCAAUUCACUGGACAACUACCCCGUGAAGUGGCUUCUCUUCCUAAUUUACAGUUUUAUUUCAACUUGUCAGGGAAUUCAUUACAAGGACAAUUGCCUCUGGAGAUAGGAAAGAUGAUACAUGUCCAAGCUAUAGAUGUCUCUGCGAAUAGGCUGAAAGGCCACAUUCCAGCCACACUGGGAAGCUGUUCAAAUCUGCAGCAUCUAAAUCUUUCCUCAAAUAAAUUACAGGGCCGAAUUCCAAACGAUCUUGGCAACUUAAAAAGCCUGGUGGAUAUGGAUCUGUCUUAUAACAACCUGUCAGGACCAAUACCUUCUUCUUUGAGAAAUCUGACGAUGUUUGAGUAUAUGAACUUGUCUUUCAAUAACCUCAGUGGAGAAAUCCCAAAAGAAGGUGUCUUCAAAAACUUGUCAGCUGCAUCAUUUAUGGGAAAUUCCUUUCUUUGCGGAGAAUGGAUGCAUCUUCCCUCCUGUUCAAUUGUCGUUCCUUCAGGUAAAAGUAACAGAAGUAAAGUUCUAGCAAUUGCAUUAGCAGGGGGAGCAGUUGCCACUGUAUUGUGCUCUUUGCUUAUUGGGGGAUUAAUUUACUUUCAUUUUCAGAGGAUGAGUCGUGGCAACUCUACAGAUGUUUCAACGAUAAAUCCCAUUCGGCACACUGGGGUUUCGUAUCAAGAAAUCGUGGCUGCAACAAACCGGUUUGAUGGGGAAAAUUUAUUAGGAACUGGUGGCUUUGGCUCUGUUUAUAAAGGUAUUUUAAAUGAUGGUACAGCUGCUGCUUUUAAGAUCCUCAACAUGCAAAAGGAAAAGGCGUGGAAGAGUUUUAUUGCAGAGUGCAAAGUUCUGGGAAACUGUAUCCACAGAAAUCUAGUUAAUGUGAUAACCUUUUGUUCAGAACCUGAAAACAAAGUUUUGGUUCUCCAAUUCAUGUCUAAAGGAAAUUUGGAGAAACUCUUAUUUUCAGAUGGUGGUUUAUCGGACCUGAGCAACAUAUUGAAUAUUGCAUUAGAUGUAGUCCAUGCAUUGGAAUAUCUACAUCAUGAUUGUUCAGUGCAAGUUGUACACUGUGAUAUAAAGCCUAGCAAUAUUCUCCUGGAUGAGGAUAUGACAGCCCAUGUAGCCGAUUUUGGGAUUGCUCAAUUGAUUUGUGAGCCAGACUCCCUGGAGUCAUUGACUUCAGCUCUAUCUCUGAAAGGAUCCAUUGGCUACAUUCCACCAGAAUAUGGAGUGGGUGGGAAGGUUUCGACAAAGGGUGAUGUUUACAGCUAUGGUAUUGUGUUGCUCGAGAUGAUAACCAGAAAGAGUCCAACUGAUGAUAUGUUUAUGGGAGAUUUGAACCUUCAUAAGUGGGUCAGCAUGCAUUUUCCCGAUAGAGUGGUGGAGAUUGUUGACCACAGAGUGAUGAGAGAUUUAGAGGAAUAUGAGAUAAAGGUGGUUCUUAUUCCAUUCAUACACAUUGGUUUGGUUUGUUCAAAUGAAUCACCUCUGCAACGACCCACAGCACAACAGGUAGCAGGAGCACUAGAAAUCAUGAGGAAGAACCUCCUUCAAACCACAGUGACAACCCAACCACAAACAUAUAUUUAAGCAUUUUUGGGUGGUAGAGAAAUAUGCAGACGGUGAUUCAGGAUAUGUUGGCAAUUAACGACUACAUCUACCAGUUCUAUUUAGUAAUUGCAAUGUCUUCACCAGUUUCUACUUUGGAUUGCAGCCAUGUUUCGGUUCUAUUUUCAUAUAACAGUCUAGUGAUUGACUUAGUUAUUUUCCAAAUGUUGAUCUGAGAUCAGGUCUUAUUAGCUAGUUUAUGUUCUUUUGUGCAAUGUUGCCAAUAUUAUAUUAAGUGUGGCUUCUAUAUAAGCUGUUAUAU